CCGCUUCCCUUCCUCUCUUCCUCUCUUCUCCUUCUCCCCCCAUAGUAUUUUUAUCCCCUUUCUUCUGUAUCUCUGUAUAUCUUAUUCUUCUGUAUAUAUUAUCACCAUGUCCGCACCCGCUCCCAUCCCCCCCGCCGACAUCACCUACAUGCCCGGCACGACCUCGAACCCGUUCGGCUACGUGGCCCCGAUGCCCAAGCACCUGCGCGAGAGCUACCUCAACUUCUUCUCCGCGCGCUUUGCCUGCGCAAACGCAAAGGCGAUGGCGCACUACCACGAGUCGAUGAUGGGCUUCCGUGCGCUCGCGCGCCGCGAGAUGGAGAAAGAUCGCAACCGCGGGCUCUGUGCGGAGGUCGUCCAGAACGGAAAGAUCACGCUCGAGUUUGUGGCGCCCGUGAUGCCGGCUCAUCGCGAGGAGGGGCUCAAGAUCUCGGAUGAGGAGUAUGAGGAUCUUGAGAGCGUGUCGCUGUUUCUGCAGCGCCACGGUGAGGGAGUCAUGGACGUCGUCUUCGAGGUCAAGAAGUGCAAAGAGCUCUACGACUGGGCAAUAGCACACGGUGCGCACAGCGUCGCCGAGCCCGCGCUGCGAACAGACGUCUACGGAUCAGUCCUCGCGGCCACCAUCAGGACCUACGGCGACGUGCUCCACACGCUCGUGGAGAGAAUCGACUACUCUGGCUGCUACCUUCCCUGGUACAAACCAGUAGAGACCGUCGUGCCGAUCAACAGCGAUCUGAGUCACACCGUUCCGUUCGUGAAGAUCGACCACUGCGUCGGCAACCAGGACUGGAACCAGAUGGAGGGCGUGUGUAAGUUUUACGCGCGAGCGCUGGGCUUCCACCAGUACUUCACCGACGACGACUACAACGUCACGACCGAGUACUCCGCGCUGGAGACUACCGUGAUGGCGUCCGAGAACGAGAAGAUCAAGAUGCCAAUCACGAUGCCGGCGAUCGGCAAGCGCAUGUCGCAGGUCGAGGAGUUUGUCCGCUACAACAACGGGCCCGGCGUGCAGCACCUUGCUCUCCUCACCGAGGACAUCGUCGCGGCGGUGACGGAGAUGCGUCGCCGCGGAGUGCAGUUUAUUGAAGUCUCGCCGCAGUACUACGUCGACCUGCGCGACCGCGUCAGGGACUACCACGGCCCGCCAAUCAUGGAGAACCUCGACGAUAUCGAGGCACUCAACCUGCUCGUCGACUUCAACAAGGACGGAUACCUCCUGCAGACCUUUGUCAAGGACCACAUCUCCUCGCGCCCGACGGCGUUCUACGAGAUCAUCCAGCGACGGGGCGCGCAGGGUUUCGGGGGUGGCAACUUCCGCGCGCUGUUUGAGAGUAUCGAACGAGAGCAGGCGAGGCGGGGAAACUUGCACCCGCACUCGGGACCUCAGUCGCAGUAUCCUGAGGAGGAGAAGGAAGGCGAGAACCGAGGCCGACGACGAGAACGCACGGCACACGCUGCCAAGCAGGACUGACGUCUGAUUCUCUGAACUGUCCUGUUCUUUCUGUGAUAUCUGGGUUUGCUGUGGUAUAGCCGAUUUUCUGUUGAGUAGUGGACUGUUGCGAGUGCUAUACCACGGCUGGUGUUUUUUUUUUUUCUAUUUUCUUUUCUUCUAUUGUAUUAUAUUCAGUGACCCGUAAUAAAUCCUCGAGAUUGUCACCAUACAAUGUUUC